CAUCAGCACCGUCACCCCUAGUCAGAAUCAAUUGUAACCUCUCAUUUCUGUUGUCAUUGUAAUAGAGUUGAGAAGAAAGCAUCAAAAAAUUAUUCAUAAUUUUCAAAAAGCUCCACCAAAGAAGAAAAUACUCCUGAGAUCUCAACAACUGGCCUAUCGUAAAUCCAUUAACUUCACAAAAUGGACGUAUUUCUCAUGAUCAGGAGGAAGAAGAUGACUAUUUUUACAGAUGCUAAGGACAACACAACUGUACUUGAGCUGAAGCGAAUCAUUGAAGGAAUCCUGAAAAUUCCACCGGCGAAUCAGCAAUUGUUUAAUAAAGAGAAUGUACAGAUGUCAGAUAGUAAAUAUUUAUCUGAUUACGGUCUUACGGCUGCAUCAGCGAAAGCACAGUGUCCAGCUCUAGUGGGAUUAGCAAUACGUCAAGAGAAUGGACAAUUUGAGAAUCUCGAGAUUACGGCGUUCUCGCUGCCACCCGAUCUACCCGAUGUCAUGAAAUCACAGGAGGCAAAUGGCCAAGAACAGUCUCCCUGAAGUUCACCCAUGAUCUGCACGAUCAUUAUCAACAAAAAAGCCCUUAUUAAUAAAUAACAAAGCUCUUCACUUCGUUAAGUUCUUGAUAUAAAAAAAUUACUAAAUAAAGUUAAUUGAUGUAAAACAUCGAAUUCUUUCCUGUUUGUAUUGAGCAUAGGAACUCACUGCAAAAUAUUUGCACUGUAAUACACAAACUCUAUUAUCAGCCGAAUUAUGUUUUUUAUGAGAUCAAUGAUAUUGAUUGGACUCCAGGACUUUGAGACUCUUCGGAGCUAAAUUUUCCGCUUGUUUCGACUUAAUAAUUUAUUGUGAUUGGUUUAAGUAAUUAACUCACUGGAGCCAUACAUUUUUCAAUUUGUGAUAUAAUAGAAUAAUUAACAAUUAAAA